AAGGGAGACAGCACCGCGGGGCAACUUCGUUGGAGAAAAAGAAGUUGAUUUGUAGCGGUCGUUGCGGCCGCAGGUCGAGUCGGCGUUGACUUGUAUUGACAUCAUCUAAACUCCGAAACGAUUAGACCAUGCUAAAGACUGAUGUUUUUGAUGAGAAGUAGGUAUAUAAGACAACCAUCAUCGCUUCAUGUCCCCGACAGUCACAAUCACAACACUACUAACCAAACCCAACGCACCAUUCCAAGAUGACCACAAAACUUCCCACCCGCAAACUCGGCAAGAAUGGCCCUGAAGUGACCGCCCUGGGCUUCGGUGCUAUGGGUCUAUCUGCUUAUUACGGUGCCCCCAAGCCCGAUGAAGAGCGGUAUGCCCUGCUCGACCACGUCUACAACUCUGGUGAACGGUUCUGGGAUAGCGCAGACAUAUACCUCGACAAUGAAGACUUGCUGGGUCGGUGGUUCAAGCGCAAUCCUGGAAAGAGGGAGACCAUUUUCCUGGCCACGAAAUUCGCCAACUACGUCAAUCCCGACACCGGCAAGAGAGAAGUCCACAAUGAACCAGAAUACAUCCACAGGGCAUGCGACCGCUCCCUAAAGAGGCUCGGCGUGGAUUAUAUCGACUUGUACUACGCACACCGACUGGAUGCCAAGCAGCCCAUCGAAAUCACUGUCAAGGCCAUGAAGGAGUUGAAAGACGCCGGUAAGGUCAGGUACCUGGGAAUGAGCGAGUGCUCUGCAGAUUCGCUGAGAAGGGCGUGCAAGGUCGUUCACAUCGACGCAGUCCAGAUGGAGUACAGCCCGUUGUCAAUGGAGAUCGAGGAUCCGCAAUACAAUCUGCUGCAGACUGCUAGGGAGCUCGGCGUUGCGGUCGUCGCAUACUCGCCUCUUGGACGAGGUUUCGUGACUGGUUCCAUCCAGAGCCGUAGCGAUUUCGAGGAAGGAGAUUUCCGUUUAUUGGCCCCAAGAUUCAGCGAGGAGAACUUCCCCAAGAACUUGAAGCUGGUGCAAGAGAUCAAGGCAUUGGCUGAUGCCAAAGGCUGUACUCCUGGACAACUGGUCCUGGCAUUCCUGAUGGCUCAAGGAGAUGAUAUUAUUCCCAUCCCCGGCACGACGAAGACCAAGAAUUUCGAUGACAACAUGGGAGCACUGAAAGUGAAGAUCACGCCAGAGGACAACCAGAAGAUCAGAAAAGCGAUCAAUGCCGCAGAAGUCCAUGGUGGACGAUAUCCCGAGGCAUUCGCGAGCGCUUUGUUCGUAACCACUGUACCUCUGAAGGAGUAACUUGCAUAUAGUAGGAGACAUGGUUUGAAAGCUGGAACGCGGAGUAGAGAUGAGAUUCUCGUACAUAGUAUGAAAAGCUGAGAUCAGUCAUGUCAAUACACAAAAACGACAUCCGGU